ACCUCUCCCUACCAAAUUGGCGGAUGGGGGCACCGCCACGCAAGUUGCGACCCCCGGGCCAGGGGCUGGGAAAGGCAAAGGCAGCGAAGGGGGACAGGGACUAGCAGCUGCCAGGAAGCGCUACGAACGGCGGAGGCGGCCGGCGGAGCCGUCUCCAAGGCUGCCCCGGGCUGCCCCCGCCCCCGCCCCGCCGCAAUCCCUCGGCAGGGCGAACAAAAGCGCCGCCUAGCCAGCCGCCGCCGCCACUGAGGUCGCUGCCGCAGGGCGCAGAGCACAUCGCCCCUCGCCCCUGGGCCGGGCGCGGCCGGACAGCGACCCCGCCAUGCAGCAGGAAGCGCUCAGCUGCCGCAUGAGCGGCGCGGCCGGGGAGCCCGGCGCCCCGGGGGCCAUCACGCUGGAGGACCUGGACAGCAUGGCCGAGGAGCAGAGCCCCGACUCGGCGUAUCACAGCAACGGCUGCAGCCAGGACGACGAGGCCGAGCAGGAGCGCCUGCUCAGCUACUGGCAGAGCGUGGGCAGGGGGCACCAGGUGGACGUGCCCGGGGACAUGGCAGAGCCAAUCCAGCAACUGACCAGAAAUAAUCAACAUCAGGAGAGGGAAAGUAUCCCAUUUACACUGAUACACCGCAAAGAAAAGUGUGGGGAAGUGCUUUACGAAAAACGUCAGUAUGGAAAAGCUAAAUGGGCUUGUAUUAAAAUGCAAGAAGAACAGUAUGAACAGAGCAUAUGUCUGGGAUUCAUGAAGCUUAUGAAAUAUAUUUGUGAGCAGAACUCUUCAGGAUUGUACUUGGGGAUGACUAUACCCAUUGUGACUCUAGUGCAUACUAACGAAACUCACUCAGAGUUAACACGUUCAGUGACAGUCGCAUACUACCUGCCUGAACUACUGCAGGGCCAGCCACCUCAGCCUUACGAUUCUGACAUAAUUAUUGAAGAGUGGCCUCCUACUGUUGUUUAUACUAGGAGCUUCAGAGGGGUCACCAAUGAAGACUCUAUAAUGAGAGAAAUAAACUUCUUGGGAGAACUUCUGGAGAGCCCUGAGCUAUGUUUGCAGAAUAUAUUCAUUGUUGCAGGAUACACCAAUCCAGCUGCUGCAAAUCGACACAAUGAAAUAUGGUUCCUGCAAAGACCGUAGCCUCCCUCUUCAGAUGCCUAGCAUUAUCCAAAUUCAGUUUGUACACAAUGGCACACUUAAAUUUGCAAAUGAAUCAUGUCAGGCUAGUCACGAGUUUUAUAAGUCUUUGUGAUAAACUAUACAGAAUUUUUAAUCCUAUUUUCCUAAACUACAUAUUACAGUCAAUCAAAUUAGCAUGACAAUCAAUCCAAUUUCGUUAUUGAGCCACCAGGGUUAAUAUCUGAAAUUUUACUGCCAAUUUUGAAAAAGUCUUAUACACAAUUUUUUACUAGAUACUUCAGUUUUACAGUUUAUCCAUAAUAUUUCUUUGAGAUUUAUAGUACUUUUCAAAUUGAUUCAUGUAAUCUUUGUAAACAAGGUAAAUUCAAAUCAUAAAGGUAUAGUUCAUAAAUUCUAAUGUUAAAAAACUAAACUGUUUUUAGAUUUUUUAAAUAUUAACAUAUUAAAUAUUUUUCCACUACAGCAUCUCUAGGGUGCCCUAAACAUUUAGCAUGAGAUUUUCAAAAGUGCUCAGUGUUGGCCCAACUCUGCUCAAAUGGGAGACCAUAAUAAAAGUUGGGAGCAGAGUUGGGUCAACACUUUUGAAAAAUCCCACCCUUGAGUACAGGUUUUCCCCACUCUUCUCGAAAAGAUAUUGAACCAAAGUAUUUGUCACCUUUGAAAUACAGAGUCCAGGAUGUGAAGAGUCAGUUGCAUUGCUCAUUCAAGUUUUGUUAGUAAAUAGUUCCGUUUUUCCUUUUUUAAAACUCACAACCACACACCCAUAGAUGACUGAAUAUGGUACUCAGGAGACAGAGGAUAGGCAUCAUUCCUGCUCAGCUGUUCAACUUACUGAGUGACAUGAACUUUAAAAACUAGAGCUUUGCCUAGAUAUUCAGAAUAUAGUAAUCAAGGCAGAUUAAUUGGCAUCACAGAAACUUGAAGGGAUAAAUCUCCUGACUGAAAUAUUGGUAUAUAGGGGUACAGCUUGUUCAGUAAGGACAGGAAGGGCAAAAACUGAGGAGGUCCAGAAGGAGAUGGGAGGCAGACCCGCUGAAAAUCUCUGGGUAAAGAUAAAAGGGGGAGAAAAUGUGUGUAACAUCAUGGUAGGAGUCAAAUAUAGACCACCAGGAAGAGGAAGCGGAUGAGGAAUCUCUAGAACAGACAUCAGAAAUAUCAAACACAAGACCGGAUAGUAACAGGGGAAUAACUACGUAGACAUCUGUUGGAAAAGUAAUAUGGCAAAGCACAAGUUCUUGGAAUGUACUGGGAACAACUUGGUGUUUCAGAAAGUGGAGCAAGUAACUGGGGGACAGUCAUUUUAGAUCUGAUUCCAACCAACUGGGAGGAAUUGGUCAGGAAUCUGAUGGUCGAAGGCAAUUUGGGAUAAACUGAUCAAGAAAUGAUAGAUUCUAAGGGAAAAAAAUGAGGGAGAGCAGCAGAAUAAGGACACUGCACUUCAAAGCAGACUUUAACAAACUCAGAACUGGUAGGUAAAGUUCCAUGGGAAGAAAAACCCAAGUGAUAAAGGAGUUCAGGAAAUCUAGCAGUUUCUCAAGGAGACAAUAUUAUAGGUAGAACACCAAUCUAUCCCCAAGUGAAGGAAAGAUAGGAAGAAGAGUGAGGGGCAAACAUGGCUGCAUCAGGAGCUCUUCAAGGACAUGAACAUCAAAACGGAAUCCUACAAAAAGUGGAAACAUGGACAAACUGCUAGGGAGUAGUACAAAAAGAACAGCACAAGUACGUAGGGACAGAAUCAGAAAGGCUAAAGUACAAAGUCCGUUACACUGAGCCAGGGAUAUAAAAAGGCAAUAAGAAGAUGUUCGUUAAAUAUAUUAGAAGCAAGAGAAAGAUGAAGGAAAGCAUAGGUUCUGUACUUAGCAGGAAAGGAAAGCUAAUAACUGAUGACAUCACCAAGACUGAUGUGUUUAAUUCCUGUUUUGCUUUAGUAUUCAUUAAAUACUCAACAUAAUUAAUAUUGACAAGAGGAAAGGAACACAAGCCAAAACAAGAAAAAAACAGGUUAAAGAAUAUUUAUCUAAUUAGAUGUAUUCAAGUUGGGAAGGCUAAUGAAAUUCAUCCUGGGGUACUUAAACUAGCUGAUGCAAUCUUUGCGCAAUUUGCAAUUAUCUUUGAGAUCUUCUGGAGAAUGGGUGAGGUCCCAUAGGACUGGAGAAGGGCCAAUGUAGUACCUAACUUUAAAAAGGAAACAAAGAGGACCUGAGGAAUUCUAGACCACUCAUCCUAACAUUGAUACGUGAAAGAUGCUGGAACAAAUUAUCAAUUAAUCAAGGUUAUAAAGAAUAGCCAGCAUAGAUUUGUCAUGCCAAAUCAACCAAAUUUCAUUAUUUGACAGGGUUAUUGGAGGGUUAUAGGAGGAAAGAUGUGAUAUCUUGAUUUUAGUAAGGCUUUUGACACAGUUCCAUAUGACAUUCUCAUAAGCAAACUAAGAAAAUGUGGUCUAAAUUAAAUUACUAUACGGUGAGUGCACAACUGGUUGAAAGACCAUACUCAUAGUAAUCAUCAAUAAGGUUGCGAAUUUGUCACAGAGAUCAUGGAUUCCAUGACCUCGGUGACUUCUGCAGUGGCCAGACACACCAGCUGCUGCUGGGGCAGUCUUGGGCCAUCGCCCCCCUAUCCCAGCAGCAGCAGGAGUUUGGGUGGGGGGCAGAAGGGGAUGAGGGCUCUGGGUGGCGUUUACCUUGGAGGGGCUCCCUGGAAGCGGUGACAUCCCCCUCCCUCGGCUUCUAGGGGGAAGCGCAGCCAGGGGGCUUUGCGCACUGCCUCCGCCUGCAGGCAUCAUCCCCGCAGCUCCCAUUGGUCGCGGUUCCCAGCCAAUGGGAGUCGUGGAGCCGGCGCUCGGGGAAGAGGCAGUGCACAGACUGCCUGGCCAUGCCUCUGCCUAGGAGCUGAGGGAGGGGGAUGUUGCCGCUUCCGGGGAGGUGUGGAGCCAGGUAAGGAGCCUGCCAGCCCCUCCCCGCUGCACCAGCAGGGGUCCCAGGCGGUCCACACACACACACCCCCAACCCGCCCCCUCAGGCCACCCCCCAUCCCGAGCACCCGCAGUGCCCCUCAGGCUGCCCUUCUGAGCACCCAUGGUGCCCCUCACCCCAUCGAGCAUGUGCAGCACCCCCAAGCCGCCCCCACGAGUUAGAGUUAUAUAGUACAAGUCAUGGACAGGUCACAGGUCGUGAAUUUUUGUUUACUGCCCAUGACCUGUCCAUGACUUUUACUAAAAAUACCAGUGACUAAAACGUAGCCUUAGUUAUCAAUGGCUCAUUGUCAGAUGGUGAAACGUAUCUAGUGGGGUCCCAAAGGGUACAGUUCUGGGUCGGGUGCUAUUUAAUAUUUUCAGUAAUGAGUUGAAUGAUGAAGUAGAGAGAAUGCUUAUAAAAUUUUCAGAUGACACUUGGCUGGGAGAGGCUGCAAACAUUUUGGAGGACGGGAUUAAAAUUCAAAAUGACCUUGACAAAUUGGAGACCUGGUCUGAAUUCAACAAAAUGAAAUUCAAUGAAGACAAGUGCAACAUACUUCACUUAGGAAAGAAAAAUCAAAUGCACAACUACAAAGUGGAAAAUAACUGGCUAAGUGGCACUACUGUUGAGAAGGAUCUGGGAGUUAUAGUGGAUCACAAAUUGAAUACAAGAAAACAAUGGGAUACGGUUGCAAAAAAUGCUAAUAUUCUGGAAUGCAUUAACAGGGUGGUCAUAUUUAAGACAUGGGAGGUAACUGUCCCACUGUACUAAGCACUAGUGAGGCCUCAGCUGGAGUAGUGUGUCCAAUUCUUGGUACCAUACCUUCAGGAAAGAUCUGGACAAACUGGAAAAUCCAGAACAGAGCAACAAAAAUGAUAAAAGGUUUAGAAAACCUAAUCUAUGAGGAAAACAAAAACUGGACAUGGUUAGUCUUGAGAAAAAGACUACCAAAGGGGGAUCUGAUAACGGUCAUCAAAUAGGUUAACGGCUAUUAUAGAGGAAGGUGAUAAAUUGUUCUCCAUUACCACUGAAGGCAGGACAAAUAGUAAUGGUAUUAAUCUGCAGAAAGGGAGAUUUAAGUUAGAUAUUCGGAAAACUAUAAUGGUAGUUAAGCUCUGGAACAGGCUUCCAAGGGAGGCUGUAGAAUCCCCAUCACUGAGGUUUUUAACAACAAGUUGGACAACCACCUGUCAGAGAUGGUCUAGGUUUAUUUGGGCCUGCCUGACCGCAGGGCAUUGGACUUGAUGAUCUCCAAAAGGCCCUUCCAGUUCUACAUUACUAUGAUAGCUAGCAUACAGAUUUAUUCUGAAACCCAGUAAGAAGUUAAUUACAUUACAACUGAAAAAGUGUAUUUACGGGAAAAGUCCAGUGGUUAACUGUAUACAAUAUUUAUUAGAUACAUUAAAAAUUUUCAAAGUAGUUUUUAGAUGACAUUUGUUUCAAGUAUCAGAGGGGUAGCCGUGUUAGUCUGGAUCUGUAAAAAGCAACAGAGAGUCCUGUGGCACCUUUAAGACUAACAGAUGUAU